GCGGAAUAAAGGAAGGUCUUCACGUGUUCAGUGACUUCUCUGAAGUCACAGGAAACAAGCGGUCUGUGGCGUACGGCGUUUUUCCGAAAAUCUUGAGAGAAAAGAAUAACAAAAUAGUCUUUCUGCAGCUAAAAUACAGGUCCUGAUGCAAUGGCAUUUGUUGUGCUGAAGCGGUUGACCACUUCAUUCACUAGGCAACUCUCAUACCUGAGCAGAUACACAGCAAAUCCAUCCUCAUGUCAUACAGAAGCAUACAGAUGUCUGUCAUCUGUGGCAGCUUUGCAGCCGAAGAUGUUAACAUCUGUUUUUGCUAUGUAUGGACCAAAGGAUGUGCCUGUAUUGAGAUGGAGCCGGCUACCGGGUUUACAGCAGUUAGCAGGAAUGAAGACGAAGACUGCGUUAAAAAGACGCUGUCAGGACUGCUUCUUUGUUCGCAGAAGAGGAAGACUGUUCGUUUUUUGCAAGACCAAUCCUAGACACAAGCAACGUCAAGGAUAAAUGUAAAUUUAAGAACUUGAGGGAGUUGGGGAUAUCUCAUAAAGUUUGUAAUCAUAAUGCAUUUCUUUUUGUGAUAGAUGUUUUCCAGAUGUCACAAUGAAAGUAAAAGUAAUGUGAUCAAAUUGUGAA